CUGGAAGAGGUUGACUGAGGGUCUCUGGCAGUGGAAAGCCGCGGAGGCUUUUUGCAGCCGUACUUGUGGAACUCACUUGCACAAGAUGUGGUGUUGGCCUUGGCCUUAGAUGGGUUUAAAAGGAACACCCUGGCAGUGCUAGGGGCAAAGUCGGCCCCCUUCCUUGCUCCUGAGCUUGGAUCCGGUAGACUGGUGCCAAGAUGACCCUCUUCCACUUCGGCAAUUGUUUUGCACUGGCGUACUUCCCCUAUUUCAUCACCUACAAGUGCAGUGGCCUGUCAGAGUACAAUGCUUUUUGGAGAUGUGUUCAGGCAGGGGCCACCUACCUCUUUGUCCAGCUGUGCAAGAUGCUGUUUUUAGCCACGUUCUUUCCAACCUGGGAGGGCGGAGCAGGCGCUUAUGACUUCAUCGGAGAAUUCAUGAAAGCUACUGUUGAUCUGGCUGACCUGGUAGGGCUACACCUAGUAAUGUCCAGGAAUGCAGGGAAAGGGGAGUAUAAGAUCAUGGUGGCAGCCAUGGGAUGGGCCACGGCAGAGCUCAUCAUGUCCCGGUGCAUCCCGUUGUGGGUGGGAGCUCGCGGCAUCGAGUUCGAUUGGAAGUAUAUCCAGAUGAGCAUUGAUUCCAACAUCAGUCUGGUCCAUUAUAUUGCUAUGGCUGCCCUGGUGUGGAUGUUUACCCGCUAUGAUUUACCCAAACACUACCGACUACCUCUCACUUUCCUCCUCGGCAUCAGCGUCUACAAAGCUUUCUUCAUGGAAUCUUUUGUUCACAUUUUUCUGCUGGGCAGCUGGACGGCACUUCUGGUCAAAGCAGUCAUCACCGGCCUCCUUUCCCUCAGCUCCCUGACUCUCUUUGUCACUCUGGUACACAGCAACUGAAGGGCUGCCCUCCUCCACUUUCCAGCAGGCAGAGCAACCUCCCUGCCACAUCAAGGGAGGUUCGGCGAAAUCCCCGGUUGCCAAGGCAAUGCAUGACUUGCUCCUGCCCGCAGUUCCAUUGUGGUACCUACUCAUUGAUAACACUGAUAAUAAUAAACCUAUUUUUGUUUUUCA